AUGUCGGCCGCAGACGUCAUCACGCCGACGGCCGAGCAUCCCUCGCCCAUCGAGGAGAAGCCCGUCGUGACGUCGCGCAGCGACUCGGAGCUCGACGUGCAGGCGCCGCGCAAGCGCAAGCUCGGCGAGCUCGGCCCUGUUGCGAUGAUCUUCGCCUGCGGCACUGCCCUCUUCAGCGACGGCUACAUCAAUGCCAGUGCCGGCCCCGUCAACACGAUGCUGCGCCGCAUCUACGCCGACUACCCGCACGUCUCGCAGGCGGCGUCGCUCUUCAGCUCGCUGGCGUUCGCUGGAACAGUGGUCGGCAUGCUCGUCUUUGGCGUCCUGAGCGACCGCAUUGGCCGCAAGUUCGGCAUGAUCUUCUGCUCGCUCUGGCUCACGCUCUUCUCGAUUCUCAUCGCCGGCGCGUGGGGCGCGGGCGGCAGCACGGGCGGCCUCUUUGCCGCGCUGCAGGCCUACCGCUUCCUCCUCGGCAUCGGCAUCGGCGGCGAGUAUCCGUCGGGCUCAGUCGCCUCGGCCGAGUCGACCGAGGCCAAGGGCGUGAACCCCAAGCGCACGCAGUCGCUGUUCAUUCUGGCUACCAACACGGCCAUUGACUUCGGCUUCGUCAUCGCGCCCCUCGUCACCGCGAUUCUCCUCGAAAUCUUCGGCGAGCGCCACCUGGUCUGGGUGUGGCGCCUCACUCUCGGCCUCGGCGCCAUCCCGCCGGCACUCGUGCUAUUUUUCCGCUUCCGGAUGCAGGAGCCCGCGCAGUACAAACGCGGCGCGAUCCGCCACAAGCUGCCUUGGGGGCUCAUCCUUCGCAAGUACUGGGUCCGCCUCACCGCUGUCUCGAUUGCCUGGUUCUGUUACGACUGGGUUUCCUACCCGGCAGGUUUGCUUAGCAGUCUCUUCCUCUCGGGCCUCGUGGGGGACUCCCUGCAGAAAUCUCUUUGGUGGAGCGUCGUCAUCAACCUUUUCUACAUCCCAGGGACCCUGAUUGGCGCCUACGUGAGCGACCGCCUCGGCCCCAAGUACACCUUCAUCACAGCGCUGCUCGUGCAGGCCGCCUUUGGCUUCGGCCUCGCCGGCGGCUUCCCGCAUCUGCGUAACAACCUCGCCGGCAUCAUAAUUCUCUACGGCUGCUUCGUCGCCGCCGGAGAGGCGGGUCCGGGCAACAACCUCGGCCUGCUCGCAAGCAAGGCCGUGGCUCCCACUGCGGUCCGCGGCCAGUUCUACGGCAUCGCUGCCGCCAUUGGCAAGGUUGGCGCCUUCACGGGCACGUAUGCCUUCACGGCUAUCCAGUCGUCCGUCUCCGGAGGGAACACGGAUGCGGAUAUUGCUUACGAGACGCCUUUCUACAUUGGAGCGGGCCUCGCCCUCGUCUCGGCCGCGAUCGUGUAUCUCUUCAUCCCUCCGGUGACGCACGACGGCAUGGCGCGCCUCGAUGCCGAGUUUGAGGCGUACCUGGCCGAGCACGGCUACGACAUGAGCCUCAUGGGCCUCAAGGAUGCUGCAGCCGACAGCGAGGCUGCACCGGUUCGCGAGUCUGACGAGAAGGCGUCGCGCUAG